AUGUGCGAUCGAUUCCAAAAGAAGAAGACGAUUAAGAAAAUGGUAUCUUUGCUGAGCUGGCACAUGGGGCCUCGCAGCCGACCGUCAUGGUUCAUCUGCAAUUACCUAUCCACUGCUCAGACUUCAGUGCUGGUGAUGAUCAAACGUUCGAGAGCAUCGCUAGCAAUGCCGAUCGCUCUCGAGUAA